GAGCGCGGACCCCGCGCACUCGGCCACCGUCCCGCGACCGGGACACACCGGCACAGCGCUCUUCUCGGGGUGCGCACGGCGCUCUACCCUCAACGCCUGCGCGGCGCACGCUUCCUCCGUAGCCACAGCGGCUGACUUGACGCGACGACGACUGUUUUCCAUCAGAGACCGCGAGAGCAAGGCCCGCUGGAAACAACACCAUACGUCAUCUAUACCACGACAUCAACGCAACCGCAGCUUGAGCACAGGCUCUCCAGAGGCCUACUUUCCUCGUGUGCCCCGAAAACGUGCUGAGGAGGUGGGGGAAGUCCGGCUUCACGAAUCCCUCCUGUUCGCCACGUGAAGUGCAAUCCACGCGGUCCCAGACCGGGCAUCCCGUGCCGAUGGUUCCAAGGAACGGCGCGUUCGCGGUGCUGGCACUCGCACUGUGCGCCUGCAGCUCCAGCCUACGCGCGACGACGGCCGCCGCAAGCCUGGGCGGCGUGCCGGCGGCUGCCAUGGCCGUGAGACUGGGCCCCGCCGCCGAAGUGCGGCGGCCAGCGGACACCGACGGCGGCGGGGCGUCCAGCUCUGCCAGCAAGCGCUACGAGUCGCACACGCCCGUGCUCUUGUCGGCGCUGCAUGCGCCCGACAGCGCACAUCAGCGCAUGAUGCUCGUCGAUUUGUCCGCGCUGCACCACCACCAGGAGCCUGCGGUGGGCUUCCAGCCCGACUACUACUACGGAUCCUCCUCUUCGUCGAACUCCAUGGCGUCAGCCGACUACAGCGACACCUGGGAGGACAACAGCCUCGGCGCCGACGACAGGAUCUACAGACGACACCAGCCCCACGAGGAGAUGCAUAACGACAUCGGCGACAGCGACCAGCUGCUGAUGCCGUUCUUGCCGGAGAACACAGUGGGCCUACACUACACCGGCUUCCCGUUCAUCGAGGACGCGCUCCACCUGCAGCGACAGAGCAGCCGCGAGGACGCCUUCAGCGAUUACCUGCGCGCGCUCAUUGCCAGCCGAGACCGGAAGCGCAGCGUCUUCCUCUCGCAGAGCUGGCAGCCCGGAGGCCACCCGGGUCCUUCCGUGCCACGAAGGCUGCACCAAACGCCGCCGCCGCCGCCGCAGCAGCAGCAGCAGCAGCAGCCCCGGCGAGUGUCUCAAGUGCACGCAUCCACAUCACCUGAACUGAUGGGCCUCACAGACAGCAAGAGCAGCGAACGGGAACUGCCCGUUCAUCACCGCCACCACCCGGCCGUGCCGUUCAUCUUCUCGUCCAAAGGCUGGCACCCCGGAGGUCGCAAGCGUAAUUUCUUCUUCUCGCGAGGAUGGGGUCCCAGUGGAAGACCGCUCACGCUGCGCGCCGACUACUUUAAGAAAAAGCCGCCCGCUGCGCACACUGGCGGCGGAGAGGAUGUGAGCGGCAACGAGGCGGCGUCGUUGGGGCUCUCUGAGGACCGAGGCGUCAUGGGCGGUGGUCACGGCAACUCGGGCUCAUCGCCCACUGUGAAGGCGACCGCCACGCGGCAUGGGCAUCGAUCAUGCCGCACUAAUUGCUGGCGCAUACCACACCUGUUCGGGCCCUACUGGUAGAAAGGAAUGACCGUUUUGCCGCGCGGGCACCCGUCUCCUGGCAGCCUGUUCGCGGGGACGAUGCUGACAAUAAAGAUGCCAUGGCGAAUGGCUCGCGGAAAGCGGCGUCGAGACAAAACGGCGGCUGAUGUUCAGGUUUACAAUCGGUACUUUACGCGAAAUGGCUGUGAAACUUUGAAGCGCUGAACUGUAUGCCAAAUGCGACAGGUGAUUUCAAAAUGUUGCCAUCAACAAUAAUAUAAGCGGAGCACCGGUAAGAAACUACUGUUGGGGUACCAUGGAACAUCAGCAACAUAAAUCACUGACAUGCGCUAAAUGGCAACACACUAAUGAGAAUCGAGGAAUGAGUCUUCAGCAUCCUUAAAAAAUGGGCCUCCCUGGCCACCUUGUGAAAUUCAAGUAUAGGUGCAUCACUAUGAACCUAGGAGUACAGCCACGUUUGAAAUAAUCAAGAAAUGCAUCUGUCCAGUUUAUAUUAUUAUGUUGAAACUACAGCCAAGUAUUGAUUUAGGCUAGACAAAAAGAAAAAUACUUUAUAAGAAACUAGUCAAAGAAAUGAAGAAGAUAUGCACAGUUAGCUUACAGUAAAUAUCUUUUUUCUUUCAUAGUAGUGUGCAAAUAGCCCUUUCGGAUCUGGAAACAAGUUUAUCAUACCUUUAAGGAUUAAAAUCCAUACUUCACCCUAAUUUAGGCCAUUCGAGCAACCCUAAUUCAGGCCAUUAGGCCUCUGAAAGUUCAGCUAUAUUGUAACAAAAAUGGACUUUCCUAAAUUCAAGGCAAUACAUGAUGAACAGUCCAUUAAGACAACCACUCAAAAAUAAUGGUGGCUCUCUUCAUUUUGAGCAUAAUUAACACCUGGUAUACGAGAUGCCAUGAGCCAUACCCAUGUGACAGUUCAUCCAGAGGAGUCUCCAUUCAAAGAAUGUGCGCUCUAGUACAAUGAUACUGUACCACAGAGUUUGGGGCACAUUAGAAAUGAAUGGCCAAAGUUCAUGAGCAAUCAAAUGCCUCACAACAAAGACCAAGGACAUGCAGUUAAACAAGGAGGAACCUCAGGAUGUUUAAAGCAGUGCUUACAAAUGACUCCUACCUUUUAGUGUCUCAUAAUGUGAUGUUAUCUAAUGCACAGAGCUCAAAAACGUGCCCACCACUAGAGCAAUGAGACCGGUUCUCAAAAAUAACAGCAAGAAUGCUGCUGCAAGCACGUACGUUUACAAGCCCUUAGGUAUUCAUGCUUUUCUCAAUAUUUCUUGCUCUGUCUUUCUACCUCUUGAAUCCACACUUCCAUUAUCCCUAAUGUGUUGAUAAGCACAGACUUUGUGCUUCAUGUCGUCAAUGUUACAUGAACCUGUAAUAAAGUAUGAUUCACCAUUUUAAAGCAACAAAA